AUGUCUGAGGAUGGGAUGGGCACGGCGGCGGUCACAGCCUUGACUCUGUUACUGCUUGAAGAAGAUGAUGAUGAAUUUUGGCUGAGACGCUCCAGGUGCAAAAGGUUGUUGCCCACGUUCCUGCCCCUGGAUAAAGAGCCAGUGCUGCUGCGUCUCCGGUUCACCGUCUUGGCAGUUGCCACCGUGAUGUGCCCGCUCUUUGGCUUCCUUUUCUGCAUUGUUUGGUCGAUUGUUUUUAACUUUGAGGAGACAACAGCGACACACUGCCGGGUCCCCAACUACCUCCCAUCAAUCAGUGCUGCUAUUGGAGGGGAGACUCCUCAGCGCUAUGUCUGGCGUUUCUGUAUUGGCUUGCACUCAGCACCACGGCUGCUGGUCGGACUUGCGUAUUGGAACCAUUACCGCCGUGUUCCUUCACCCAGCCAUUGGUAUGGCCCCCUCUGCUUCAUCAACUUCACCUUCAACAUGCUGGAGAACCUGGCGUUGCUGCUCCUGACCUAUGUCUCAUCAACAGAGAAUCACUGGGUUCAUGAGAAAGCCUUUGUUACCUUCAUGGGAUCAUCAAUGCUUCACAUGAUCCUCACCUGCAUCAUCUGGCAGCAGACCAGGAAAAGCACAGUAAGUCCAGAGGAGAGGACCUCUCUGAGCUGGAAGCGGAGGCUGUUUGUGUUCAAUGUGAGCUCGUUUGUCAUCGCUUUGUGUUUCUACGUCAGACACAAUGCAUACUGUGAAACCGGAGUUUACACAGCCUUUUCGUUCCUGGAGUAUUUGGUGGUUUUGUCAAACAUGAGCUUUCACAUGACUGCAUACUGGGACUUUGGAAACAAGGAGCUGCUGAUUGGAAGCCUCCCUGAGGAGAAGCGAUUCUGAGUGAGGUGCCCGCAGCCCUGUGUCCGCACGGAAGUGGACAAUUGGACCCCUGUCUGAGACACAAAGCAGGGGCUGUCUCAGCAGGUCAAAGGUUACCUAUUAAAUGGGGCGGAGUGAAUGUGGGGGAGGGGGCUAUGGUUGUCACAGUGCCCCUGCUGUCAGUCCCAGAGGAUAAAGGAGUGUUUGAGAGAGAGGAGGGCAAGGCUAACUGCUUGAAAGCAGUCUUUGUACUACUGGUGUGACACUGCUAAUGUUUUCUGCACAUUUUAAACAGUCAUGAUGUGACAUUGGUUAGGGCUCAGGGUUUUACUUGUUUCUACUUUAGAGGUCGAGAAUUUGCUCUUUGUAUUUAAAAAAAAUGACUGUUUCUAUUCCGCUCCCUCCCAUCGUCUUCCUUCUCCCUCCCUCUGACUCUACACAAGUCGCCCUCUCUGUCACUCACUGCUCUGUCACCAACUUCACAUCCCUGUCCUCUCACUGUCAGACUGUUUGAGCAAAUUCUCCUCAUUCAGACCAGGUUGGGGUGGGGGGGAAUGCAUUGGAACGGAUGUAUGAUUUUUAGUUAAUUACUUCCUGUGCUAUACAAGAUGUUGGGCAUGUAUUUGCCCAGGGUGAUAGUGGGUUAAAUUAGGUGAGUGGAUUGCAGAGGUAUAGGACAGUUAAACCAUGAUCUAAUCAGGAAGAGAAACAAAUUUCUUUACAAAUACAGCAUUUGGGUGAUUUUUAUUUUUAAAACACUUGAAAGAAUUUGUUGAUGUGUUCUUGAGCUUAUGGACACUGAAUCUUUUAACUGUACAGAUGUCCAUCUCCUUAACAAGUCAAUGACUGAAGUGGAAUUUUAUACUGAAAGUGAAAUGCAAUUAAAAUGGAUUGUGCUUUGUAGCA